GAUCAGACUGAGAUGAGAUCAGACCCGAUGCUUGAACACUAUCAGUAUGAAGAAGGAAAUAGUACUCGCUGAUCUGUGCGCUUACAGCAGAGCUGAUGAGGAACGCUGAGGAACACCACUGUAGAGUCGGGCUGAUUUUUUUAAAACAGCGUUGAGUGUGUGUGUGUGUGUGUGUGUGUGUGUGUGUGUGUGUGUGUGUGUGUGUGUGUGUGUGUGUGUGUGUGGAGCUGAUCUGUUUACGGACUCUUCUGAUCUGUUUGUUGGAUGUGUGUACGGAUUGAUCGGAUCAGCGCCAGCAGUUUGCUGCUUUCCUGAAGCUCAGUGUGAGGAGCGAUUCCUUACUGAGGAUCUCAAACUGUUUCCUUCCUGUGUGAAGAAACCAGAGCUGCAGUACUGAGAGAGUACAGAGUACAACCUGAGUCGUAUCCAAUUACCCGAUUACAUUACGCUUCCUCUCUACUGAUGCUGAUCCCCACGUCUGAUUGAGGUGGAGCAGUCUGGGUCCUUUCUGUCUACGUGGGUUUCCUCCAGGAGCUCCGGUUUCCUCCCACAGUCCAAAGAUGUGCAAGUGAGGAUUGUUGGGCUCAAUGGUGCGUUCCUACCUGGCCAGGACAAGAUGUCCACUGGAAUCACGUCACAGUUGUGUAUGGGAAGACUGCGCCAACUUCCCCUACCUCUCUGGCUGCUCUAGACCAAAACCCAGCACACAAUGAAAGGACUUGAGUGAUUUUGUUCCUAAAACCUAUUCAUUUCACACCCUAUCCAAGUCCCAGGCCCCACCAUGCUGCGUUUUCUUCCCCUCAAACUGGGCCGAACGUACCGCUGCCUGAAGCUCUUUUUUGUUGUGGGCUUGUUUGUCGUCCUUCUGAUGAACACCCACACACUACUCGCAUCCUUCCAAAAGAACGAGUUGACUGACCGCCGCUUUAUUCACCUCAACAAGUGUCCGGCCUGCUUCGGGACCAGCUGGUGUCGCAAGUUCAUGAACGGUCAGGUGUCAUUUGAGUCGUGGGGCAGACUGCGCUUUCUUGAUGUCUUUAACGUCAAGAACGUCUUCUUCGCCCAGUAUGGUGAGCCACGGGAGGGCACGCGCCGCGUUGUCCUCAAGCGACUAGGCUCCAACCAGGAGCUGGCUGACAUCGAUCAGAAGAUCUGCAAACGGGCCACGGGACGUCCUCGCUGCGACCUCAUCCAGGCCAUGUACAAGACGGAGUUUGCACGGCUCAAUGGAGACGUGCGUCUCUUGACCCCGGAUGUAGUAGAGGGUUGGUCUGACCUGGUCCAUUGCCCCUCACAGAGACUGCUGGACAGAAUAGUCAGGAGAUAUGCUGAGACUAAAGACUCUGGAAGCUUCCUAUUAAAAAAUCUCAAAGAUACAGAGAGGAUGCAGCUUCUGAUGACUUUGGCAUUCAACCCUGAACCCCUAGUGCUGCAGAGCUUUCCGUCAGAUGAGGGCUGGCCCUUUGCCAAGUACCUGGGUGCAUGUGGGCGUGUGGUGGCAGUGAAUUACGUGGGUGAGGAGCUGUGGAGUUUCUACGAGGCACCUUGGGAGAAACGUGUAGACCUGGCCAAGCAGCUGCUGGACAUCGCCGAGCAGCUCACCAACAACGAUUUCGACUUCGCGCUCUACCUGCUUGAUGUCAGCUUCGACAACUUCGCUGUGGGCCCGCGCGACGGCAAGGUCAUUGUGGUGGACGCGGAGAACGUGCUGGUGGCUGACAAGAGGCUGAUCAAGCAAAAUAAACCGGAGAACUAUGAUGUGUGGUAUGAGAGUCGAUUUGAGGAGUGUGAUAAGGAGGCCUGUCUCUCCUUCUCUAAAGACGCUCUGUGCUCGCAUGUCACCGUCGACCACAACUACUACGCCAUCUGUCAGAACCUGCUGUCACGCUACGCGACGUGGAGGGGCAGCAGCGGGGGCCUGCUGCAUGACCCGCCACCCAACAUAGGGAAGGACGGGUACCUGGACUCCCUGCUGGAGGAAUGUGUCAGGCCCAAGACUCGCUACGGACGGUUUGCUGCUGCUAAGGAACUCCGCCAGUACCUCACCCAGCUCAGUGGCACUGCCAGGUAAUGAUGGUUGAGCUGUGGGGAGUGGGCACAGUGAUGAUGCCCAUGUCUUAGUUUGAGCUAUCGACUGCAUUUGCUGUUUGGGUGGAAAGAUUUUUUCAGAUCUUUUUGAGAUCUGUACACCAGCCUGCUGACUUGUAGACUUUUUCCCUCAUGUGGUUUGGAGCAGUCCAAGUCCUGCUGUAAUGGUGCAAAGCAAAGGUCAUAUUUCACAAACAGUUUCUCUGGAGGGACCAUGGGCUGGCAGAGGAUCGUCAUGUUGGAUGGCAGGAAGAUGUCUGUGGGUCCUCUGUCUGUGUGCUCCAGAUCAACCAUCCAGCAACCAUUUCACUGCUAUAAAAUUUGAAAAAUAUAGAAAUUUGCUGUGAAUUUAGGUUAACCAUGUUAGAUGAUUUAAAGCUGGCAUUAUACUUGUUUGUUUACUUGCAUUAAUCAAUACAUUCAUUAGAUGACUGGCACAUUGACUGAAUUAAUGGUACACAUCCAUACAUUUAAGGCUGGGAGACCAGCAAAAUCAUCCUAACACCAGCUUACACCAGCGAGCCAUGCUAAGCUUGUUUGAAGCUUGGCUUUUAAACCAAGGCAGUGCAUUCACAUCAAGCAGUGAGAGAGCUAUAGUUGUGUCUCAGAUUGCAUCUCCUAAUUUAAUAGUUAGCUAAAUAUA